AUGGGAUGCUUUCUGAAAGAUCGAGACAGAGUCCAGUUGUCAUAUUGGCUAGAGAAGGAUUGUCAUUUCAAACUUUUGUACAAAAUUAGCAGAGACGGGGGAACAGCUCAGACUUUCCACAACCUGUGUGAUAACAAGGGACCCACUGUGACCAUCUUCUACAAUACAGACAACAAUGUGUACGGGGGAUACACGUCGCUUUGCUGGGACAGUUCCAACAAGUGGUAUAAAGACGAAUCCUCGUUUUUAUUCCAGUUGUAUUGCAACCGUAUUUGGAUACCAAAUAUGUUUACAACAAAUGAAGUUUCGCUGAGAAAGACGCAAACUAAUGUGUUGGCAAAUUCAGCAUAUGGUCCAACGUUUGAGGACCUACCCUCAUCUAUUAUCAAAAUUGAAAAAAACCUACAUCAGUAUAACAUGAGUACAACUAACUUGUUUAGUGGUAGAUUCUAUAACACUGGAAGUGAAGAUAUGAAAUCCAUUACUAAUGGUCAUAACAACGUUACAGAUCUGGAAGUCUACAUGGUUGAAGAUAGUAUUAUUCAGCCUUGGCGAGACUCACCAGGCUGGGAUUCACAGACGCUGGAAGGUUUGAAAGAUUUCAUCAGAUCCUUUCAACCGAAAGCAGAUUUAAAUGUUCCGGAGGUCAACAUUCUCCUCGUUGGUCAGGUUGGCGCAGGAAAAUCUAGUGUAGUCAACACAAUCAACUCCAUUUGGAAAAGGGAGAUUUCCACCAGGUCUUGGGCAGGAAGUUCUGAUCACAGUAUUACGACAAGCUUCACUAAGUAUCGCAUUAGUGAUCCUUCUACUGAGGAAUAUCUAAAAUUUCGACUAUGUGACAUGAGAGGAUUGGAGGAUACCAUGGACAUUAAAUCGGAGGAUAUUGUCCACCUACUGGAUGGACAUUUACCCAACAAGUACAAGUUUAACCCUGCGGCUCCUGCCACCAAGGAUACUCCUGGAUUUAUAAAAGAUCCAACAAUGAAAGACAGGAUACACACAGUAGUAUUUGUGAUUGACAGCAGCAAUGUUGAGGUGAUGCCAGAUGGGAUUGUCAAGAAACUGAAAGAUAUAAAGGAGAUGCUUAUCGACAGAGAUGUUCCUUUAUUAGUUUUUGUGACAAAGAUUGACAAGGUUUGCAGGUUUGUUGACAAAUUUGUUGAGGAAGUAUUCUUUAGCGAGACUGUGAGGACCACACUGGAUAAAGUGGCUGAAAUAAUCGCCAUUCCACGAUGCCAUAUAUUUCCUGUCAAGAAUUAUGAGAAAGAAGGAUCUCUUCAGACAAGCAUCGGCAUUUUAGCCCUAAAGGCAUUAAAACAGGCUCUACUAUUCGCUGAAGACUUUUUAGAAAAUCAAUCUUAAACAGAAAGAGCGAUCGAUUCACUCUCACAAUCUUUGUGAUUGGGUGAAACUUGUGAACAUUUAUCAGGUGUUAAGUGACUUUGAGAAAAAUUGUUGUCCGUGCUAAGUGUAUUCAAUGUCCAUGAUGCAUGUUAUUUAUCAUUGUUGGCAAAAUGGUAAAC